UCAGGUGUGUGUGAGCUUUGAUGUCCAACUGUCCUAGUGUGUUAAUUAUUCAUUAGUAAUAUGAGCCUCAGAUCAACUGACCUUAAUAUGCAACCUUAUCCUGUACAAUAUAAUCAGUCUCUGGAGCUUCUCCAGCAAAUGGGCUUUCCAUAUAAACGAGCGCAAAAAGCCUUGGCUGCCACAGGAAACAGAAGUGUUCAACUUGCAUCUGACUGGCUGGCUGCUCACUACAAUGACCCUGAGUUGGACGAGAUACAAGCUCGUGAAUAUGUGCUAUACCUGAGACCAGCUGGGCCUCUCAACACUCAGAUCUAUGAAUUCUGGGAACAAAUGCUUGAAAAUGUUGGCCGCAAUGCUGCCCAAAAUCUCAUGCCGCACAUCACACUUUGCUCUCACUUCAAGGUGUCAGAUGAACAUAGUGCAGAGCUGAGCGAGAUGAUGACAAGUGCAGCCAAGUCUGUACUGAGCGCCACACCUCUCCCCCUGCCACUACCUCUUGAGAAGUACAUCUCUCCUAAUUACAUGGGACUCUUUGUCACUUCUCCUGCUGCCCCUGUACUCCACAGUCUGAAGCGCCAUUUCAUACAACUUGCUACGAGCGUUUGCCCUGGCGUGAGCGGCAGCACCACAGAAGAAGACCUUCACCUGACGCUGGCAUACGGCUACACCACGCAGCAGUUCCUGAAGCUCGAGCAAUACGUCAAGACUGUGCAGGCCUCCGCGCCCGCCUCCUGGGAGCUCUGUCUAUACUCCAGAGAACCGCGCUUCAAUGGACUCGACUUGUACAAGUCAGUGCGCCGACACAGGCCCUCGCACAGCGACGAGCUUGCGCUCAUGGCGGACGAGUACGUCGUGAUCAACGGCAACGACGCGUCGUCGGACGGCUGGGUCAGGGGCGUCUCGUGGCUCACGGGGUGCUCGGGGCUAGUGGCGCUCGUGUGCCUGGUCAGAGUGCCUGACUCCGAUGCCUGGACCCUGCAUCGGAGUCUGACGAUCGGUGCUGACGGCUUUUCCCUGGACGUGAGCGACGAUGACUGCGCCCCGCAGGUUUUUGCAGAGGAACUGGUGCCCUCACCCCCACCUCGCUCCUCCAGCUGCCACGGGACCACAUUUGAGUGCGACCCGCUGCCUAGUGGACUCAGUCUUUCAUUGCUCAACAUCCUGGGACACAGCGAGGGCUCGCGCCGUAGCAUGGCUUCCCUCUUAGGAGCUGGCUCUUCAGAAUGCGUUAAGAACCCACUGUACAACUGCCCCCCAUACCGCACUCACCGCAGCAUAUCCGAGGAGGGGAGCAGUGAAAAAAGUCCCGAAACAACACGUAGAUCGCACAGGACGAUUCUGCCCAGCAACUUCGGUAGCCUCACUCGAUCUACUCCAUCUCUGGUCUUCCCUAUCCCGGGGCCGCGACGUCUAAUUGUUAUGCGGCACGGCGAGCGCGCCGAUUUUACUUUCGGUGACUGGUGUAAAGUUUGCUUCGAUAAAGAAGGUCGAUACAAGCAAGCAGACCUGAACUUGCAGCCAAGUGUACCUUCACGAGCUGACAUGCCUCAAGCUUUCAUCAAAGAUUGUCCUUUGACGAGGAUAGGAGAGAUGCAAGCCCAAUUAGUAGGAGAAGGGUUUGCCGCGACCCACACUCCCAUCCAUCAUGUUUACUGCAGUCCUUCUCUUCGCUGUGUAAUGACAGCCACGAGUGUGCUGCGUGCCAUGAAGCUCAUGGAUAGAAUGCCUCUUAAAAUUGAGCCAGGACUCUUCGAGUGGCUUGCUUGGUAUCCCGAAGGAGUGCCACGGUUCAUGACGAAUGAAGAGUUAACUAGCGCUGCGUUCAAUAUAGACCUCAGCUACCGGCCAGUGUUGUCCACCUCGAAGCUCUCAACUGAUGAGACAUGCGAACAAUAUUAUGCCAGGAGCAGCCAGGUCACCAACUCAAUAUUGGCGGCAACUAAAUUCCAAGGAGGUUCAGUGCUGCUGGUAGCGCACGCUGCUUCGCUCGACACCUGCACCAGACAACUCGUAGGCGCCCACCCUCGCAAUUCUUCUGGCAUGACCUCGCUGGUGCAAAAGGUGCCGUACUGCGCUGUUGCCGUCGCUGAGGAGUCUCCAGCUGAGGGCCUAUGCAAUCUCGUAGAGCCGCCCUUCAGGAGCCCCACGCACGCUUCCAAUCCUUCGUAUGACUGGACGAUCUGGCGCCAAUGAACACGUGUCUACUCAACCGCUGCUGAAAGGAGAGCAAUCAUGGCGGGCCCCGGUUAUAACAGGCAGGAAUCGCCUGUUAUAAAAUUCUAAAAAUUGGAUUUGGAAUCCUUAAUUUGCUGAAAAUAAUUUUCUAUUCUUCAGACUGAUAUUUUAAUUAAAUGACAACUAAAAUAUACUACGUCCACGUGCGAUUCUGAUUAAAAUCCCUCUUAAUUCUCUCGGCGCCUUUUUUUAUUUUGGUAGUAAAAUUGAGAGCAUAUAAAAAGAUCAAUGUAUUUAUCAUUGAUGCUUAUAUACCGAGAUCGUGUAUGGUUUUACUUUUUUAAGGUUUUAAAGGCCCUACUCCUUUACCCUUUCGUGAAUUCGGGUUUAUUUGUGCUCUUAUUACGUCGUUCGCCAUACCUUAUUUCUAGCCAUUUCUCAGGUUCUCUAUUAAUUUUAUUCGUUGUUGAGGUGUUGCGUUCAUCUUUAAUGUACAAAACUAGAAUGUAAACUUGGCUAUAUGUGCAGUUAUUUUACUUUUUUGGUUACCCCGCACCUGUGUUUGGGAGUUCAACCAUCACUCUCUGGAGCGGCAACUUACAUGUAGCUCGCCUGAUGUUCUAAUCUGCCUCUCAUCCAUUUUGAUAUUAAGUGUUACUAAUUUUUGUCGGGUCAAUACGGAAAAUUUUCAUGUGAUGCAGUGCAAUCUUUCUACGUCUCUAUCUUAUUCUCUUGGAGAAAAUGCUUCCUUAUUAGUUUUUGAAUGCCACUUUUUAGUUCAAAAGCAAGUCUUCAAGAAGGGUUGAGUACAAGUGACUUGUCAUAAUCAUUCCAUAUUGACUGUAUGACAUAAGAUUUAUUUAUGUUUCAUGUGCCAUUCUUGUCUUACAUCCGAGUCUGUUUUUUUAAUCGAAUCCUGUUUUGGUUCCGCCACGUAAUCGAAAAAUUGGUUCUCGAUUUGUACAAGAUGUUUUGCUCAGAGAAUUUAUUGUAAAAUUUGCUACUUAAACCUUCAUACUCUAGUAUUAGAUUUUGGCAGCUAGUGUUCAGAUAAACAAUGGGCUUUAUUCAGAGAUUUAUCAAUUACUUACAAAAUCUUUUGUUUGAAGCAAAUUUUUAUCUAUUAUUUGCCGAAAAUUUAUCGUAAAUUUGUGCCAAGUUAGCCAUUACAUGCGAAUCUCAGAACUGAAUACUUUGUACAUUGCAAAGCUAGAGAAAGCAUCAAUACCUUUUCUUUUUGAAUACAAUCUGCAAUGUAAAAAUAUAGACCAAUUCAUUAUUGCGUGUUACGUCAUGUAACAUAGCUUUCUAACUCUCGACAGCGCCUUGAAUCAAAUAUUUUUUACUGCAAUCUUGGCUGUGAUCUCAAAUUUCAUGUAUGAAUUUCGCACUCGGGUGAAAAUUUUUAUUUCGUACUUUUCUGGUGCAAUGCAAGUCAACCUAAUAUUUUUGUUCCCCGAGAAGGCAGACCAUCUUGGGUUGUGCGUGCUUCUCAUUUCCAGAAAUUAGUGGUUUUAAAUCACAUGAUUUGCUCCGUGAUAUUCAUCUUAGAAGGGUUUUAAUAAAUGGAAAUAAAUUUUAGAGCUUCCUGAUCAAAAUGUGUCACAAUUGUUUGUAUAGAACCUUAGCAGACACAUAAUUGUACAUCUACUCUAUUACUGUAUGAAUCUCGUGCGUUUGGAAGCUUUUUUAGAUAUUUACUGAUAUUUUCUGAAACCCUGAUCCGUAGUGAAAUAUUUUCUAGUAUGCGAGUUUAGUGGAGUAAAUCAUUUAAUAUUCGUUUUAGCGGCAGCUUAGUUUACUGUGCCAAGCAAUCGUAACAAGAUCCUCUUUGUUUGCUGUUCUCAUCUUGUCUG